CUCGAUAGACUCACUCACCACACUCCAAGCCAGUCUGCCGCUCCUCCCUCUCCCAGCCCUGGUUGGCCGGGACGCAGCCUAGUACAGCGGCAGCAGGAGGAGCCGAGCCCGCCCAACCCCGCACGGCUCCCGCCGCCCCCUUCCCUCCCCCCCCCCCCCAUUCGCUUUCCCACUCCCAAGGCUGGCACUAGGGUGGCAGAAACAGCGCGCACUGCUGCGGGCUUCCGGCCUCGGAGAGGCAGGCACAGGAGCAGUGGCAGCUUCAGAGCAAUAGACGGCCUUGCGCCUCCAGCACACCCAGUGCGCUCACCCUCCGCUGCUCCGGCUCUUCGCCCCUGCUCUGUCCCAGGCGGCCGGAGGCUUCCGACCCCUUGGGACCCCCCCACCGCCAACAUCAAGAGCUUCCUUGCAAAGGAUCAGAGGCUGCUGGCGCCGGCAGCUUCAGCGCCCACCAUGGGAAAGCCAGCGAGGAGAGGAUGGGACUACAAGCGAUUCCUCAAGAACAAUUGGCUUCUGCUGUCCACCGUACUUGCUGUGGUACUAGGAAUCACAGUAGGAGUCCUCGUCCGAGAAUACAGCAAGCUAUCAAACCUGGACAAGUUCUAUUUUGCCUUUCCUGGAGAGAUUUUAAUGCGAAUGCUGAAGCUCAUCAUUUUGCCCCUAAUUAUAUCCAGCAUGAUUACAGGUGUUGCUGCUCUGGACUCCAAUGUCUCUGGGAAAAUCGGUUUACGGGCUGUUGUGUAUUAUUUCUGCACUACGGCCAUUGCUGUCAUUCUUGGUAUCGUGCUGGUAGUGAGCAUCAAACCUGGUGUGUCCCAAAAAGCUGAUGAGUUUGACAGGACAGGAAGCACCCCUGAAGUCAGUACAGUGGAUGCCAUGUUAGACCUGAUCAGGAAUAUGUUCCCUGAGAAUCUCAUCCAAGCCUGUUUUCAGCAGUACAAAACCAAACGUGAGGAGUUGAAGGAAGCAGAAAUGAACACCACAGGAGAAGCUGUAACAGCUGUCAUGGUGACUGCCAUUCCAAAAAACAAAACAAAAGAUUACAAAAUAGUGGGCAUGUACUCAGAUGGCAUAAAUGUCCUGGGCCUGAUUGUCUUUUGCCUUGUGUUUGGAAUCGUUAUUGGAAAAAUGGGAGAAAAGGGCCAAGUUCUGGUGGACUUCUUCAACGCACUCAAUGAUGCUACCAUGCAAAUUGUUCAGAUCAUUAUGUGGUACAUGCCACUGGGCAUCUUGUUUCUGAUUGCUGGGAAGAUCAUCGAAGUUGAAGACUGGGAAAUAUUUCGCAAACUGGGGUUGUACAUGGCCACAGUUCUCAGUGGGCUUGCCAUACAUUCCAUUGUAAUCCUCCCACUCAUAUACUUGUUAAUUGUUCGAAAGAACCCUUUCCGGUUUGCACUGGGGAUGGCACAGGCUCUACUCACAGCCCUCAUGAUCUCUUCCAGCUCAGCAACACUACCUGUCACUUUUCGCUGUGCAGAAGAAAAGAACCAAGUGGACAAGAGAAUCACCAGAUUUGUUUUGCCUGUUGGUGCAACAAUCAACAUGGAUGGAACUGCCCUCUAUGAAGCAGUUGCUGCUGUGUUCAUCGCACAACUCAAUGACCUGGAUCUGGACAUUGGACAAAUAAUCACCAUUAGCGUCACAGCAACAGCUGCCAGUAUUGGAGCUGCAGGUGUGCCCCAGGCAGGACUUGUGACUAUGGUCAUCGUACUGAGUGCUGUUGGCCUGCCAGCCCAAGACGUCACCCUCAUCAUCGCUGUCGACUGGCUUUUGGACCGGUUCAGGACCAUGGUGAAUGUCCUUGGUGAUGCAUAUGGAACAGGAAUUGUAGAGAAGCUUUCUAAAAAAGAGCUGGAGCAGAUGGAUGCCACAUCCGAAGUCAACAUUGUGAACCCCUUUGCCUUGGAAUCCACAAUACUUGAUAAUGAAGAUGCAGAGACCAAGAAAUCUUAUGUCAAUGGAGGCUUUGCCAUAGACAAAUCUGACACUAUCUCAUUUACUCAGACAUCACAGUUCUAGAGCCCCUUCUUCCAUUCCCCGGGCUGGGAACAUUUCAGGACAUCACCACAAGAGGGAUCUCUCAGCAAAUCACAACAUAAUUAAGGGAGGGAGGGGAAGCAAUUAGCCAACCUGAGUGCUUUUGAUUUGAUACCCAGACUUCCAGAUUAUUUUCUACACUGGAUGUUCAGCCCUUGCUCCAGAGGAAAAAGGGGUGGAAAGGGAGAAGGGUAGAAGAUUGGUUAAGAAAUAAUUUGAAUUAUCUGUAUUUUUUUAAAAAUUAUCACUGAUGAAAUUUGGAAGUGACUGUUGGGAUCUCAGCAAUGAAACGGAGCAACAAUUGUUUGGUUUUCUCAGGCAUAGUUCAAUUUUUCACUUUUUUUAAAACUCUUCUGCCAUUCUGAGCCCAGAACUUUAUUUGAACUCUCCUUUGAUAUGUUUUCUUUUGCUCAACACAUUUUUUUUCUUUCUUUUAUUUUUUUUGGCAGAUUACACUGGAUUCAAACAGUCCACUGGAUAAUGUGCCAAACUUUCCAUUUUGCACUUGUCUUAAGCAAACUACUCUGGAAGGAAAAUAGACCAGCAGAGUCCUGCGAUAAACAUUUAAGAUUGGGGGUGGGGGGUGGAUUUUGUUUUAUGUUUUUAAAGUACUGUAUUGAAAAUCUAGGAACUAUUAACACUACCACCAUCAUCAUGUUUAUUAUAGAGGUCUAUUAUCUAUAAGUAUUUAUUUUUUUCCAUAGAGUUGUCAUAGGGCAGAAUUGAACUGUCAAUGUGAAAUAAAUAUUUUUCUUGUUCUUCAAAAGCAAUUACAAAGCCAACUUUAGUAAGCUUGGGUAGCAUAUAAGCACUUCUCCAUCAGGGGCAUAGAGAGAAGAAGUCAAUUUGGCUCAUGUGGUACCAUCUCUGUAUAUGAGCCCCAUGACAGAUGGAGGUAAUGACAAUGACCAGAGGUAGCCUAGACAAUGCUUUAGGACUUCUACAACUUAGCUGCUAGAGGAAAAUCCCCUCAUCUCUGCUCUGUCGAAAUUAAUAUACCACAGAGCCACCCAUAGACAGGCUAGAUAAGUUUUUAACUUUCUUUUUUCUUAGAUUCCAGUGCCCUGCCAUCUUUGUCUUUUUGCAUCCAUCCAGGACUAAAUGAGACAGUAAAGCUGCAUCAGCCAAGCUGUAUUUUACUAAAUGUCCUGGACUGAGUAAACAAUGAGGGCCAGAAAAAGACUGUGCCUCUGGUGGAUUUCCACAGAGAAAGAGCUCCAUAAUGCCCAAUGUCUGUAUGCAAUACCUCAGGGGAAGCUCUUCCAUUUUUUGAACCUCAUUAAUCUCCCCUGGGGAGCUGUCCAGCUCUACUUGUCAUCUUUCUUCUGAAGGAAAGGAAGCUCCACUUGUAAAUAAUGCUUAGCAUAAAACUGCACAUAAACUGUUGUCCAAAAUAAUCAAGUUUCUGCAGUAUUAGUCCAUUUUAACCAACACUUUUGUAUUUAAGAAAUUCUGGAAAUGUGCCAAAGAAACAUGAAAAGGAAAUAAACGUUGGUGUAGACUGACUGCACCUUAAAUUAAGUUUGUGAGGUAAAAAUUCUGUACAUUAUCCCAGCCCCAGAAAAUUUCCACUGUGAUGCUCUGUGAAUUUUAGAAUCCCAGUAUCAUUGCUGUUUAUAUGAAAUAAAGCUCUCUCUAAACAAA